AUGGACUUCUGUAGCGAAUGCCUCUUCGAAGCUUAUGUGGUCUGGUUAUGCUUCGCUAUUGUUCAACCUUUCGUACAAUGCGUCAGAAUUGUUGGAAACAAGUUUUCGAAGGCUGAGGAGUUCAACAGCGUCCUUAAUGAAGUUAUGAUCGAUGAAGGCCCGACACAUUUAUCCGAUAACGUGAUAGCAGCUGCUACAACUUACUUGGUGAUAUUGUUGCAAUUCACUGAUGAAACUCCGAGCCCAACACCACCGGUACGAAGUCCCAAUUAUCCAUACUGAAGUGUAGACAGAUUACUUCAUAUAUAUAUAUAUAUAUAUAUAUAUAUACCUAAAUUAAUUUAUGGAUGUUAAUGUAAAAAUAAUAAUGUAUUGAAU